AAAUGAGCAACUUCUCUGCAGAGAACAUUUGCCACUGUUGCAUAACGCGGGCAUCUGCGAGUAAACGGUUGGAUGAUUUUGCGGCCUUUCGAUCUUCAGGUUUAUUUGCAAUAUUUAUCUUCACGUACCGUCACUUGAAGGAGGGAAGUCUAAUGGGCUGGACUGCAACUGAACUGUUUCUGUAAGUGCUUUGCUCAACGAGCGCGAUGGGACUCCUUAUUUGGUAACUACGGUUCCGCUGCCUUCCAUUAUUGUAUCGCCAACGGAUGGGACCAGUAGCACCGUUCCGUUGGUGUCCAUGCUAUGGAUUUUGUCCUACCUGGCCCUUGUUCUGUACGGCUUCGUGGCUCUGUUUUGCCUCGCCGCUGGUCUACUUUACGUGACUGAAUUGGUUGAGGAGUACACAGUAAUCACCGGCAAGAUAAUCAAAUAUCUGAUCGCCUCUGAAUUCAUAUUACAUAUUGUUCUAACAUUUUCAGAUACAGUUUCAUACCUCUUGAUCGCAAUCGGCUUUGUAGCUCACAUUUUCUAUUGGUUCCUCUUAAAACAUUUUCCGGCCUUCCAGCUAACUUCCUUCGCUUUCAUUGGCAGCCUGUGUGCAUUCAUCAUUCACCAUUUGGCUGCAUUCAGUGUGUUCAACGCGGCCCUAUUCACAUUCUCCGAGAUGCUUGCCUACUUCACAUUUUUUCUGUGGGCUGUGCCCUUUAUGUUUCUCAUCUCUCUUUCUGCCAACGACUGGGUGCUCCCUCAGACGGUGACGCUUAUGCAUCAUCGCGAACAAGAGCCGCUGCUUGCAGGUGAUCAAGACGUUGUCUCCGCGUAUUUGAGGCGAAAGAGGCGCAGCCUCUACUCUCUGCUCUCCACCAUACGGGAUUAUUUGCCUUCAAUUAAAUCAAAGAAAGGAUUUUAA